AUGCACUUCUCACCAUCAACUAUCCUCCUGCCACUGGGCCUAGCCCUUGUGCAUACAUCCUUCGCCAACCCUGCGCCUGCCGGAAUGUUGAGCAAACGAACUGUUGACAACCUCCCGCCCAGCGACCAGUUCAUAGCUUGCCCAGGAUACAGAUACAGUCGUGAGCAGGUCGAAAAGGCUAUUCAGCAAGCCAUCUACAAUACACCUACGACCGCGCCUCAGCCAGGCGGCUACCCUAAAACUUUUGGCAACAACAGGAAGCUGAAGUUCUCCGACAAGUGCAACGGCAAGACGCUGAAAGAAUUCCCGAUCUUGCAUGGAGAUAAAAUCUUUGGUGGUGGCGACCAGGGUCCAGAUCGGGUUGUUUUCUAUAUCUACACAGACAACCCUGAUACCGACCCAACGGAUGAUGGCGCAUACUGUGGUGUGAUGACGCAUGAUGGUGCACCCGAAAGGGAGUUCGCCCUCUGCCCAGUAGAGGACUAG